AUGGGGUUUACGAGGCCUCUUUUCGCCGCGCUCGGCAUCUUCGCCGGCACAGCAGUGGCAACUACCGAAAGCUCCAGCGCAGCAGCUAUUCAUGAUCUGAGCCUUCUCAAAUGGACAGUCACGAAUGAAUAUGGCAAUAUCACUGUUCCUGGCAAAUUUCCAUCGCAAGCUCACCUAGAUCUCCACGCAGCUGGAGUGAUUGGUAAAAACUCCGGCCUGAAUGACUUUGACCUACGAUGGAUUGCAGCCCAAAAUUGGACAUAUACCAGCAAGCCUAUUAACGGACUCAAACAAUCGAGCACGGCUACUUGGCUGGUAUUUGACGGCUUGGAUACAUACGCAACCGUCAAGUUCUGUGAUCACAUUGUUGGCACACCAGACAACCAGUUCCGACAAUGGUUUUACGACGUCUCUUCUGUUCUUGCUAGCUGCAAGGGCGAUCCCGUUCUAAGCAUCAAUUUUGGAAGCGUGCCUCGCAUCAUCAAUGCUAUUAAUGCAAGCAGCGAAGUGCAGCAUUGGCCGGCUUCGGUGGUUUAUCCUUUUGAAUAUCCCAAUCGCCAAUGGGUUCGCAAGGAACAAAAUGACUUCGGCUGGGAUUGGGGCCCAGCGUUCUCUCCUGUGGGCCCUUGGCUGCCUGGACGCAUUGUUCAGCUCAGCAAGGGCGGCGAGGUGUACUCUCUAAACACGGAUAUCGACAUCUUCCGAAAGGGUCAGUUCAAUAACUUUGCGCCAGAUCAGUCCGCGCCAUGGGUUGUCAAUGCAAGUCUCGACUUUGUGGGAACGCUGCCAAAGCAUGCUUCUAUGUCAGUGGUCAUCACAGAUGCAAAGGAUAGCCGUUCAGUGUUGUAUUCCGGCAUUUUGCAGGGCGUGACACAGUCCGAUAUGACCAUCACUGGCUCUGUGACCAUCGAUGCCAGCAAGCCGAAGUUGUGGUGGCCUCGAGACAUGGGUAGCCAACAACUAUACAACAUAACAGUCUCUGUCAGCAGCGCAGGGUCUAAGACGCCUCUUCUUGUCUCCCAGCGGCGUGUGGGUUUCCGAACCAUUUUAUUCAGCUCAGGAAACGUCACAGAAGCCCAAAUUGCCAGUGGCAUCACGCCGGGAAAUAACUGGCACUUUGAGAUCAACGGCCACGAAUUUUACGCCAAGGGAGCCAAUUUGAUCCCUCCUGACGCCUUUUGGCCAAGAGUCACCUCUGAUAGAAUGAACCGCUUAUUCGAUUCCGUUGAGUCACAAAACUUCAACAUGCUUCGUGUUUGGUCCUCUGGUGCAUACUUGCCAGACUGGAUCUACGAUAUUGCCGAUGAGCGCGGGCUGCUACUCUGGAGCGAGUUUCAGUUCAGUGAUACUUUAUACCCCGACAGUCCAGAGUUUAAAGAAAAUGUUAUUGGUGAAGUUACCUACAACGUUCGCCGCCUGAAUCACCACGCCUCCUUGGCAUGUUGGAUGGGUGGCAAUGAAUUUGAGAACCUCAUGUUGCCAAUUGCCCAGGGCGCCGAUCCAGCAACCUACCCAUAUGUUUUGGGACAAUAUGAAGAUCUUUUCAUCGUUACGAUAUUCAAUAUUCUGGCGGCCAACAGCCACUCCAUUUCGUACAGCCCCUGCAGUGCAAACAAUGGCUGGCUGGAUAUUGACCUUAGUCUACCUAUUCCUAUUGUUGAGAGAUACUAUAACACGACUUCUGGACAUAUCUAUGGCGAUACUGACUUUUACAACUACGACACAUCAGUGUCUUUUGACACUUCUGCGUACCCAGUGGGUCGUUUCGCCAAUGAAUUCGGCUUCAUCAGCAUGCCUAGUAUCCAAACGUGGCAGCAGGCCGUCGAGCCUCAAGACCUCCACUUCAACUCGACCACGGUCAUUCUACGAAAUCAUCACUACCCCGCCGGUGGAUUGACAAGAAAUAUUCGCAACAGCACCCUGGGCCAAGUCGAGAUGACUCUUGCGGUGGAGCGGUACUAUCCUACACCCGAUAAAACUGAUUCCGUCGCCAACUUCAGCGCCUGGUGCCACGCUACUCAGCUGUUCCAAGCUGACAUGUACAAAUCCGAGAUUCAGUUUUACAGACGAGGCAGCGGCAUGCCAGAGAGACAACUUGGCUCACUAUACUGGCAGCUCAACGAUAUCUGGCAGGCUCCAACUUGGGCAGGCCUGGAGUAUGACGGACGAUGGAAAGUUUUACCGUAUGUUGCUCGCCGGACUUACGACCAUGUUAUUGCGUCGGCUUUCUGGAACUACACUGCCAACCAGCUCGAAAUCUGGGUUACAUCGGAUCUCUGGGAGUCUGCAUCUGGUGAAGUAUCUUUGACUUGGGUUGAUCUAAAAGGCAAAGCUAUUGCAAACAACGCGGGUAUGCCGAAAUCGAUCAAGUUCGAAGUUGGUGCCAUCAACACUACGCAAAUCAUCUCCACAAACGUGGUGUCAGAUCUCAAGAUUCCAGACACUAGUAAUGCUGUCUUGAUCAUUGAACUCACUGCCAAUGGCAAACUUCCCAAUUCAGCCAGCAGUAAGGCGACAACUUUUACUCACCACAACCACUUCCUUCCUGUCUGGCCAAACCAAGCGAAAGUAUCUGAUCCCAAGCUGCAACUAUCAUAUAACAAAUCCAAGAAGACCUUCACGGUGGAAUCCACGGCUGGUGUAUCUUUGUAUACAUGGUUGACGCAUCCGGCUGGAGUUUUGGGAUUCUUCGACGACAAUGCAUUCGUGUUGGCUCCCGGACAGAAGAAGGAGGUCGGCUUUACUCUCCAGCAAGAUACUACUGGAGGAAAGUGGACUGAGCAGGUAACUGUGGAGAGCUUGUGGGAUUUGACUACGCAGUAG